AGUGCACUUUGUUGCUGUGUAGCUAUUGAAAGCAUCACCUCAACAGAUGACAUGACUCCUAACAGUCUUUAUCUUUGUAUUGGGAAUGCAUGUGAAUGGCGAGGUAAAGGUAAAGGUGCCUGUUUUGUCCUUGGGGCGGAAAAGGGGAGUUGAAGGAGAGAAAGCUACUAUAGAGAGGCCAAAACUUUGAUCCCAUUGAUGUGUUGCUGGAGGCUGUGCAGCUGAAAUCCAAGCCCAGUAACAUGUCAGACUUUGUGAACUAUUCUAAGCAUCAGUUGCUGACGCCAAGAUGAGGGGUGGGGGUUUCUGGGGGCACAUAUGCGCUUCCAUAAGAACUCCCAGUAGGAACUGACGGCCACUACGGGCACCAUCUGACAUGCAGUCCCUUCAUGUUGGGCAAUAAAGCUGUUUAUAGCCCCCAUAUCACAGCUCACAGUCCCACAUGUGAGAGGCUGGUGAGAUCUGUUUGUGGAUGUGUGGUUUUAAUGCUCCAGAGGUUUACGAUGUAAAAAUGUGCAGUCCAAUGUUUGGUCGAUGAGUGAGGGUUAGUGUGAAGGUAGAUUGCUAGGAGCUGUAGUGACCUUGGGGCUGCUUGCUGAGGGCAGGACAGAAUUCCUGAAGGGACACAUGGUCUAGAGUGACAAGGCCAUCUGCUGUAGCGCCAGCAGUAGGAGGAAGGUGGAGGGGGUUGGACACAGGGGUGCUGAGAAUUCCUUUCGCUGGGGUGUGGAGGGAGUAGAUAUUCUGGGAUACCGCUGCUAGCACUCCGCCGGGAAACGUGUUUCUGUGGCAUUUUUGAAACGGAAAUCUGAGGGAGAAUUUUUUGAACCCUUGAUGGUGAGAGGGGAUCAUUGCAGGGUUAAAUGGGGAAGGUAUUUUUCCGGCUCUCCACGAAGCGACUGGCGAUAAUGGUGUUGGUGUGUUGCCGUUUUACUUCGGUGGAUCCAGUUUCCUCUCCAUCUCAGCACAGCCGGAGCUGAGAGAGCGGGAUCUGGUAGGCCUUCUGGCACCGACCUCUCAGAGGAUUGUCUUCAAGGGAUCUUCUUUGGAGUUGUACUGUGCAUGGCAAGGAUCUACUUUCUUGGUGCCUCACUGAAAUUGCAUGGCCUAAACGAAUGAAUAUUUUUAUGAGGCGUCUUGCACCAGAGAUGGGCCAGGACCAAACCAAGCAGCAGAUAGAGAAGGGCCUGAAGUUGUAUCAGUCCAAUCAGACAGACAAAGCCCUGCAUGUCUGGACGAAAGUGCUGGAGAAGACCUCAGAUCCUGGAGGGAAGUUUCGGGUGUUGGGGUGCCUGAUCACAGCUCACUCAGAAAUGGGAAAAUAUAAAGAUAUGCUCAAGUACGCUCUAGAUCAAAUCGACACGGCCAGAGAAAUGGAGGACCCAGACUACCUGACAGAGGGCUACCUGAACUUGGCGCGCAGCAACGAGAAGCUGUGCGACUUCCAGAAAACCGUGUCCUACUGUAAGACCUGCUUAAACAUGCAGGGUACCACUGUCAGCCUGCAGCUCAACGGCCAGGUAUGUCUUAGCAUGGGCAACGCCUUCCUAGGCCUCAGUGUCUUCCAGAAAGCUUUGGAGAGCUAUGAGAAGGCCCUGCGCUACGCACACAACAAUGAUGACAAGAUGCUGGAGUGCAGAGUCUGCUGCAGUCUGGGAAACAUCUAUGUCCAGCUUAAGGACUAUGAGAAAGCCCUGUUCUUCCCCUGCAAAGCAGCCGAGCUCGUCAAUGACUACGGCAAGGGUUGGAGCCUCAAGUAUCGAGCCAUGAGCCAGUACCACAUGUCGGUCGCCUACAGGAAACUGGAGCGCCUCCCAGACGCCAUGGAGUGCUGUGAGGAAUCGAUGAAGAUUGCUCUGCAGCAUGGGGACCGUCCUCUGCAGGCUCUGUGCUUACUAAACUUUGCAGACAUACACCGCUGCAGGCGUGACACUGAUAAAGCAUUCCCUCGCUACGAGUCUGCACUGGGUAUCAUGACUGAGAUUGGAAACUGUUUUGGACAAGCACACGUCUACCUGGGAGUUGCAAAGUGUUGGCUUCUGCAGAAAGAAUUUGACAAGGCUCUUGAUUCUUUGCAGCGAGCACAGGAGUUGGCAGAUAGGAUGGGAAACAAGCUGUGUACACUGAAGGUACACUGCCUGCGUGAAGGGAUUUAUCGAAGCCGGGGGCAGCAGGAGGAGCUCAGAGAGCAGGUGGUGAAGUUCCUGCAGUGUGUCGAGGAGCUGGAGCUCUACUGCGGCAUGUGUGGAGAGUCCAUCGGGGACAGGGACCAAAAACUGCAGGCCUUACCCUGUUCCCACAUUUUCCAUCUCAAGUGUCUGCAGACAAACGGGACAAAGGGUUGUCCUAAAUGUUUCAAGUCCUCCAUGAAGCCUGGAUUUGUGUGAUUGUGAGACUGCAUUUGUGCGUUGGAUCUGCAGACACAGCGCGAAGCCUCGCAGGCUCCUGACUGAUCUGAGAGAAGCAGGCAGCCUCAGGAUGUGCUGAAGAUGUUUGAGGAGUAAUAAUUCACUGCUCUGCGCGGAGGAUGCUGAACUGAACCCUGAGUGUCGCAGAGUGUGGCUCUGAGGACACAAUCAAGGCAUCCAUCUUACUGACAGACAUCAGACAGUCUGUGAGUUACAGCUGACUGAGGUGGUAUACCUGACAGUGUUACAAUUCAAUACAAGCUGAAGAAGAAAGAACUGACAUUGUCUCUGAUGACUGGCUAUUUGUUGCAGAAUUUUAAUCUAGAGGAAUAUGGACUGUCCAAACAGCAUUUAUAACUUGUAUUUGCUAUUUUAUGCAUUAAAAUUGUUUAGUCAAAUCAAGAUGAAAUGAUCUUCAGUGAUAUCUCAGUAAUCUGAGUCACAGGGUUUGUUGUUCAUAUUCUGAUAUUAACUUUUACACAACAUCCUCUUGGUCUUUACUCAACAGUUGGUUUUUUUUUGUUGUUUUUUUUACCAGAACACAGAGCCAUUUCUGAAUUUAACUGAUUUCAUACAUGGUAUAUUUAUUAUUGUAUUCAUGUACAUACUAUUCUCAUGUUAAUUUGUUUUGAAAGUUUGAUUUAUUUGAGGUUUUUUGUAAAACCUAAAAUGAACUAAAAGUCUCUUAACCAUUCAAAAACUAGUAUGUCUUUACAAAACUGGUACAUGCAGCUUUUAUUUUCCUUAUUCACUGAGAUUAAGGAGCAGAAUCAACACACAUUGUGUUCAUAGAAAUUCCUUUUCUGUCCACUUCUGGGAAUGUUUUACUUUCAAGUCUGACAUCAACAUAAUAUUGUUGCAAUUUAAGGUCAAAUAUUGUUGAGAAGGAAACCUAUUGGGAAAGGAUCUUCUGACCAAUCACACACUUACAAUACAUGCAGAAUGAUUUAAAGUAGUGUUUUCAUAUUUGUAGUUGUAUGUAAAUAUUAGUUCACUGGUAAAAUCGCUUAGAUUAUUUAAUUGCAAAGGCAUUGUAUUUUUAAAGUGAUUUUAAGAGAGAUAAUGCAACAUCAGUUAUUGUUGCAUGUUUUAUUUACAAUGCCAAGCAACAAAGUUGGAUUACAUCAAAUGAUGUAUCCAUCUAACUGUGUAUUUACUUAUUUCAGAAUAGUUCAAUAUAGUAUUUAUUAAUAUUUCAGUGGCUUUUAUUAUUAAUAUUCCUUAUAUAUUUGUUAAAUUUAUUUUAGACAUAUUGUGAC